UUCCCAUAACGUUCUGUUAAUGUCAUGCUAACCGUAAAAUAACAUUCAAACAACUUUAAGCAAACAUUCCAGCAAUGUUUUUGUAACGUUAACACACCGUUCCAGUAACAUUAAAAAAACUGGACAUUUCUACGUUUUUACAACAUUCAAAAUAAACAUUCCCAUAACGUUCUUACAACAAAUUUUUGUUAGCUGGGAUGUCCUUGAAAGCCAAGACCAAGUCAAACCGUCUUUGAUGGGAAAGUCAAGUCUUACACGUCUGAAAAACAAGUCUUCAAGGGCCAAGACAAAGAAAACCCAUAGAACAAGCACCACUUCCUGUUUGUGCGGCAGCCAUGUUGGAUUUUAAGGUUCAGCUUUAUAAGAAGUUAAAGAGGACAACUGAUUAAAAUAAAAGCUUUAGCGAUGCCGCAGGUCUUUUAUUUUGUAAAAAUACAGAUAAAAAGUUUGAUUUCGGCUACAAUGGAAACUUAAACAAGACUAAAUGUGUGUCUCCUCAGAUGGAGGUUGUCCGUAAAGUGGCCACCUCCUUCUUCUGCCUCCUGGUCUUUCUGUCGGUGUGUAAAGUUUUCCCCGUAGAACGUAACAUUGACGACGACUUCAUUGCCAACACACCGUUCUACGCUCAGGUGUGCUACCUGUACCUGUCCAUGGUGACCACCAGACCAAAGUACUAUUUUGUGUGGACGCUCGCUGACGCCAUCAACAACGCGGCUGGUUUUGGUUUGAAUGGUUACGACAGUAACGGCGUUCCCCGCUGGGACCUCAUCUCCAACCUGAGGAUCCUGAACAUUGAGUUUGCCACCAGUUUCAAAGUUUUCCUGGAUAACUGGAACAUUCAGACAGUACACUGGCUCAAACGGGUGUGUUAUGAGCGAUGUCCCUACCACCCAACAGCAGCUACCUUCAUCCUGUCGGCCAUGUGGCACGGUGCCUAUCCAGGAUACUACCUCACCUUCAUCACCGGCAUCGUGGUCACACUGGCUGCCAGAGCGGUCCGUCACAAAGUCCGGCCGUACUUCCUUCAGUCUGCCACCCAUAAAUUGGUGUAUGAUGUCAUCACUUGGGCGGCCACUCAGAUCGCCAUCUGCUACACUGUGGUUCCUUUUGUCCUGUUGUCUGUGUGUCCAUCUUUAAAGUUUUACAGGUCGUGGUACUUCAGCCUCCACAUCCUCUGCAUCCUCCUGGCAGUGGCGAUGCCCGUCAAACCCAAACACCUGCGCCUCAAAGUGCAGCAGAAAAGCAGUCCUCAGGAUGCGGUCCAGAAGACACUGGAGGCUGCAGACGGCACCUACGCACAGAAAGAAAAAGCAUCAUGAGACGGAGGUCAAAAGUCAGUCGUUACUUCAUUUUUCAUGGACUUGUGUGGAAGGACGAGGAGCCAAACAGGCCCAGUGACCUUCCUGCUGAAUUAGGUACAGAAACACAACGGCCAAAACGGUUUUAUUUGGAUUCAGAGGAGGUGAGGAUGAAGCAGGUCCUGGGUCGUGUUUUUUUUUCAGAGGAAGCUUGACUGCCAGAACUGACAGAUUCAGCAAAAAUCUGCCAUUGGAGAAAAUAAAUAACGUGAGUUUACACGGAGCAGCUGUGUGUGAUCGGUAAGAGCUACACUGCCAUGGUGUUGAACUGACUCCAUCUUCCUCCGGUCAGAAACCUGCUGAUCAACGCAGUUAAAACGAAACCACACGUGUAUAAAACAGCUGGAUCAUUAAAUAAAUAAAAGUCUGACUCGUUUAAACUUCAGAGUAUUUAAAAAAGUUCCUUUUAAAGAAAAGUGCCAAUUAUCGUUCCACUCAGUCACCUUAGUUCUUAUGAGUUGCACCAGAAAAGCGAAAUGCUGCUUGUUAGAAGUCGCCUCGGUGAGUUUACAGUUCAGGCCAACACCGUGCAAUUGAAUCGCUCCGCCGGGUUACCCUGAGGGUGGUAUGGGGUUGUGCGUGAGCGUCCAACUCCAGUCAGCUUUUGUAAAUUCCAGAAGAGCUCAUUUUCGAAUUCACGCCCGAUCAUGGUGUAGCUUCAUGGGAUACCCGAACCUGGGAAUAAAAUCAUUAAAGAUCGCUCUGCUGCCGUUUUACCACUUUUGUUACAGGUUGGAUAGGCCUGGGCAUACCUAGUGAAGUGGUCGACCACCACCAGAAUGUACUGGUAUCCUCCUUGGCUUGACUCUAAAUGCAGAAAAUCGAUGGACGCAAGCUCCAAGGGUGAGCUAGAUGUUAUGCUUGAUGUGGCAAGGUGGAUAAAUGAGGGCCCGGGCGGGAUUCGAUCCCCAGGUGAGAGUCAUACGCUCUAACCAGUCAGCCAAAGGGACAUCC